AUGCAGCCAACCUCAAUGCUCCUCACCCUCCUCGGUCUCAGCACCUACACCUCGGCCUCCUCCCUCCAGAUCAACAACUACUGCACCGACAGUCUCUGGACGACCCUCACCUCUCCUUCUCAGCCCUUCGCGGAGCCAUUCGAGAUCCCCUCCGGCGUGGCCAACAUCAGCGACAUCUCCGGCAGUGGCAACUCCCUCGGCGUCACCUUCUCCAAAGACUACUACGCCGAAAACACUCCCAAGCUCGUGCUCGGCUUCACCUCCGUCAACGGUCGUCUCUGGUGGUCGCUCGGAGACAUCAGUGGGGAUCCGUUCAAGGGCAAGGCGUUCAACGUGACGACUCCAGAUCACGACGGAAAGGACGUGUGUGGCGAUGCGGUGGGCGUGGAUGGCGAGAACCACAACUGUGACGAGGGAGACUUCACCUUGACGUUCAACCCUUGCUUUGAGUAA